AUGAUAUCGUCGACCGAGAAGCAAACCGACAACAAUCUAAUUGAAAAGAGCGAGGAUCGAAUAGAAAUGAGCGAGGGUUUCGAGGAUGAGGAGGUCGCCGAGGAGGAGGUCGACCACCUCGACCAAUCGGACCACGGACCAGACCACGAACCAGAGGAGGAUAGCCAAUCUGAAGAUGGCCAUCCUGGAGCAAACAUUGCGGAUUCGGACGAUACGGAUGCCGUGCGAGAUCCGCAAGCGAACGCGAAGGAGUGGUUCCUCCCAAAUUUGGAGGACACCUUCGAGACCUACAUCGAUCACGGGUGUAUCCUUGACGGGUACCCGAUCUAUCCCAACGGAAAAACGAUCUUCGUGCGCAAACCUGGCGAGACGGUGACGAACUUCGGCACCGUUGGUUUUUCGAAAACAUCCUCAAGCAAUAAGCGAGGUAUCAACAACGAUUGGAAAGUUGUUCGUUACUUCUGCCUGGGGGCCCUGGUGUGUGACGAUCCUUCUUGCCAGUGGGCUGGCCCCCCCCCAACCGGAAAAGGUGGUAAACAGAAGCUUGAAGAGGGGAAAACAAGAUGUCCCGGUAAAUCAGGGAAAUGCAAGGGCAAUGUUACCCACAAGAAAUGUUGCCGAAACUCCGUGGCUGUAAGAUUCGAUUACCACUUGCCUACCGGAUGGGGUCUCCUCAGGCACAAGGGCACGCAUCCGCAUCCGUGGCCUGAGGCUAAAAAGCCUGACCCCAUGUCCAAGGAUGAGUUGAAAGCGGAAAUUUUGAAGAAUCUGAGUGCGGGGGCACUUAAACUUAAGACUGGAAAGCGGACCGAUCCAGCUGCCGGCGCAAAUAGUGUAACUGAGAUCCAUCCAGCUUAUAUCAACAAAGACCGAUUGGCGUAUUACCGGCGUAAGAUGCUCGUUGAAUUGAACUUGGUUCCUGACAAACUUGGGGGAGGAAUAGGAGACAAAUUUGUCUUGGACAUGUUUGCGUGGGCUGCGCGUGGCUUGUUGAUAACGUCUGCUUCAUUCUUGCCACAGAAUGAACACUUCACAUUCCAAACCCAAUGGAUGGCCGAUCGACUACUUGCUAGGGAUGAGAAUAAUCAGGUCUACAGCGGGGGUCUCAUAUCCGAUGUCACGUACCGAUACUUCGAAACAGGCUACUUGCUCUCAACCUCAAUGUACUGCGAAGACCUUCACCGAUGGAUACCGAUCCAACUGACUUGGAUCCGCGGGUUGAGUGAGGAAUACUACAAACUCCAUUUCACCACACUCUUCAGACAGUUUCAAGCCGCACCAGUAACACCUGCCGAACGUGACACGCUAGUCCGCCAAGUGGUUGACUUCUCCAGUGCUCAAGCCGAGGGAUUUGUCUCAGCGUAUCUGGAAGUCUUUCGUCAGGGAACUCGGAAAGAGGGGAGGCGCAUGCUGAAAGGGUGUCGGGAGCAUUUCCGCCAGUCUGUCACACGAAUCAAGCGUAAUCGGGCUCUCAUGACUGCUGACGAGGAGGAGCCUUUCCAAAAAGCAUGCAUGGAUCUCUUGGAACACCAAGAAGCCGGCGGGAAGACUCAUGAAGAGAAGGUGGACUUCAUUAGGCGACGUUAUCCCAAAGUUCGCAAGUGGCUCGAUUGGUGGACGGUUUCUGACAUUGAGGCCCUCCUCUUUCCAUCGCGACAACCCCGACUCGAGGAUACUCCUGACGGUCUUCCCGAUACUACCAAUGCCCAGGAGAGUAUGCACCGGAUCUACUACAGGCUGAGUGACGGGAAACAGUGCAUCAUGGUUGGAAUGGUUGACCUGUUCUCCUUUGUGAAAAUGUUGGAAGAAGAUUGGAAAGCUGCGAUGAAGGGGAUCCCGAUUUCCUAUGGGGCCAACCCCACCACGGACAUUGGCACCACCCUUGGUAUCGCGAAGAAACGCAAACGUGGCGAAGGGAAGUUCAUCAAUGAUGGAAGGCCCCCGGACACAACAGACGAGCUUGUUGAUGGAAAGAAGAAGAAAAAAGCGAAGCUUGGCAGGCCCCCCAAUUCAACAAACUUCAACAAAAGCCUCUGGUCAGCUUAUCCAUCUUACCACGCGAAUAAGGACAACCCAACUCGAAGAAACCGCUGUUGGCUCGCCGCAGGUCUUGAAUCUCUUUAUGCUCUUUUCAGCCCAUUAUGGCUCCGUGGAAUCAGCGGUCAUGGGAAGGACGUCUUCACCGCAAUUGCUCAUCACUUCUCAUUUCGAUCAACUGGCGAACUAAAUGGCAGUAACGCAAUUCGUUCAACUUUGACGCGUGGACAAAACAUGGUAUUUGAUGUUCUCAGUCCUAAAUAUCCAGGACGAUUCGUUCCCGGCGCGUUUGCUUCUUGCGAUUACUUCCUUGAGGUCGCGUUGGAUCCCCAACUUCACAAGAAGGAUGAGUAUAAGCAGCUCUUCUCGAUUGAUGAACAUCGAACUUUCACCUGCGAACUCCAGCCGAAUAAAUUGCAGAAGCACCCCACUCGAGAUCACCGCACCCUUCAUGUCUUGACAAUCAAGCCGCAGAUGUUUGAUGAGAAUCGGAUUCCUCACUCUGAUGUAUCAAAGCUAAUCGAGAUGUGGCAAACCGAUGGAUUGCUGGCAACUUCGGGUAUGAUCUGCAAACACUGCAAUCCAAACAAACCAAAACCAAAGCUCCCGAAGAACGCCAAAAUUCAAAAAGUGUCUUCCGAUGUCGACAUUGUCAAGCUGCUUGGACCCUCUGAAAACACAUCACACCACAUAAUUGAUCGAUCAAGAUUGGCUGUCCCAGCAAAUGGAGCCCCGCUUCAUCUUAAUUUCUAUGUAGAUGUCACCGGCAUAACCGACGAGAAACAGAAAAAUAACUUUAUGGGAUCGAUCGAUUGGCCGUUCAAGAUUAACGUUGGAGGCGCCACAUACACUCUGAUCUCCCGGGGCUACUGGCAACACAAUCACUACUGGUGUAAGGUCCUUCGAAGUGCUAACAUCUCAGCUGACAAGGGUAGUUUGACCGCAAUUUGGUUACACAACGACGCCGAGAAUGAUGGGUAUGCUCAACAGAUCAAUCGGGUUCCCAGUUCAAUUGCCGGAGUGGAAGAAAACACAAGCUGGCUCCUUUAUUCGCGCGACUGGACACCUUCGGAGGAAGAAUAUGUCAACAACGCUAUUCAGAAAAUCGUAGCCGAAAAUCCAGAAGCUGCUGGCGAUGUCCCUUUCAAGGAGAUGAAGUCAAUUUUGAACACAUCACACAGCUCGACGUUAAUUCCCCACACCACCACAAACGAAGUUAAAUCUACUCCUCCAACUACUGUCACAUCCCAGGCCAGAGAAAAAUCGCCUUCAACAACUAUGGGUAAUGCUCCAAAAAAUUACACUUCACCAGUCAAAGGAACAACUCCGAUUGCACAACUCGCCUCUCAAAUGAAUGCACAGAUUGCUCGAAAGUAUGCACUAGACCAAAAAGAACCAGACACCAAACAACAGUGUUCCUUGGAUGCAGAAGUCACACUGGAAAUAGAUGAAUCAUUCCUCUCGGUUGGCGACAAAUCUCAUGGUGAUCAAUCUUUUGUGCUUGGCGAUCAAUCUCUUGGCGAAUCUCAUGGUGAUCAAUCUUUUGUGCUUGGCGAUCAAUCUCUUGAAUCCCAUGGUGAUCAAUCUUGUGGUGAAGAUGGCAACAAAGACGGCGGUGAUCAAACCUUUUCUCUUGGUGAUCAUACUGGCGAAGACGGUGGUGAUCAAACCUUUUCUCUUGGUGAUCAUACUCGCAAAGACGGUGGUGAUCAAUCUUUUGCUCUUGGUGAACAGUCUCUUGGCAAUCAAACUGGUAAUCAGUCUCUAGCGGAUGAAACAGAUGAUCAUGUUACUCAAACUCAGGUGAAACACAGUCAAGAGGAUGAAGAAGUCCCUCAGAAACCUCCAAUACGGUUCAAGGUCAUACUGAGACCACCUGAGCAACGAUCACCUCCAAGUACCAAAGGAAAAACCCAGGCUUCAAGACGAUCAGUGAGAAAGAAAAAAUGA